UCUCAAUUUGAUACAACGAUAAUGUUUCUGAAAUUGACUUCUCAGGGACUCUCACACCACAAAUGCAAUGCCCGUGAGAACACAGUAAUCCUAUAAAGAGCAAGCAAAAGAAACAGAGUUCAAAAAAUCCUAUAAUAUGGAGGCAUAUCAGAAGGUUGCGAUUUCGAUGCUGCUUUUUGUAGCCAUAAGCAGUAACGUUAUCGAGGUGUUGAAUGCACAAACCAUAUGCAACAUGUCUGGUGCGGGUCUGAUGGCAUGCAAGCCAGCAGCUACACCCCCGACCCCACCACCUCCCUCGUCCGCCUGUUGUUCUGCGCUCUCACACGCAGACUUGCGCUGCCUUUGCUCCUACAAGAACUCCAAAUUGUUGCCGUCCCUGGGAGUCGACCCAAAUCUUGCCAUGCAGCUGCCGGCUAAGUGCAAACUUCCUCAUCCAGCAAAAUGUUAAGAGACGUAUAACUUCAAGCGAAUAAAGAAAGAGAGUGAUAAUCACGUUACGUAAUCCUAAUGCUUCUUGGAACAUUACUUUGUGUCUAUUCAUAUACUCGUGUGUGCCCGAAGGCUUGUUAGUUUCUGCAUUUUCUUGUACUUCACAUUGGCUGUAAGCCUAUUGUAACACUACAUAUAUGAGUGUAGUGCCUGUUUAUGUUUCUUUCUUCUCAAUGUAGUUGCAUUUUGUCAAAAUAACAUACGAUUUGAGAUUUUUACUCUUUGAAACUA